AUGCAUAAUUAUGUUGUCUACGACAAUAACACGGAAAAUGAGCGUGUUGAGAUAUUUUUAAAGUUUGUUAACGAAAUUGCGUCGUUCUCRUACGAUAACGUCCAAUCGUUUAAGCAAUUUUYUAAAUACGAUUGGCUACCAAAGGAUACAUUCAAAGAUUUAGCAUACCAAGUAGUGUAUCAUUGCGAGGACUUACUAUACGACUGCACGUUCAAAGGCGAACCUUACAACUGCUGUUUGGGGUUUGAGCCAGUGUUCACUGAAUACGGAUWUUGUUAUAGUUUCAAUGCUAAACACGUGGUACCGGAUUGGCCAUGGAUGUCUGAAAAUUAUUCAAAGGCUAGCAUAGAAUACGUCUUCGAAACGGACAACAAACUGACAAUUUCGUUUAACAUGGACAACGUAACUAAAAACCCGUUAAAGGUAUUCAUACACAGCGUGGACGAUAUGUUAAUUGUAGACUCGUUACCGCAACACCUGUGGACCAAGAGGAUAGCAAAAAUAUUUUUUAAUAGCAAACAAACGUACACCACUGAAGGCGCUCGACAGUUAACGAUAAAGCAGAGGAAAUGCGUUUUUCCAGAUGAGAUAUCGUUAUUAACAGACUCCAACUAUACGUUUAGUGCUUGCAUGGUUCAAUGUCGAAUGGACAUCAGCAAGAAACUAUGUGGAUGUGUCUCUUGGUUCUACAAAUCUAUUGCGAUUGUCACCCAUGUCAAGAGUCGACAGCUACAGUAA